UCUUCAAAAAUCACAAUCUCACACACCAAAACUUAUUAAGAAGAAGAGAAAAACUAAGAGAGCGAAAGAAAAACAUAGGGAGGAUCUGAUGUGUCCGUUCUAGGGAAAGGAGAUGAGUGAGAGGCAACGACAGAAGUCAAGUCGAAGAGUGGUGAGCUGUCAACCAGGUGCGAAGUCAAAUGGAAGAAUCAGACAAGAUCUGCGAAGCUGGGUGUGAAGUCAAGGAAGAAGGCCAGAGCCAGAUCAAGAAGAAGCUCAUUGCAAAAAAAAGGCAGGUGUACCGUGCUCACCAAAUCUGGAUUAGUUUUAGAGGCUAUAUUCCAUCCUAUCCACUGUAAAGUGCUAACUGAAUAUGGCCCUAGCGUCCGCUACUUCCACACCAAAGAGGUACGCAGUUGUCACCGGAGCAAACAAGGGGAUCGGAUUUGAGGUCUGUAGGCAGCUGGCCUCUAAUGGGAUUUUCGUGCUUUUAACCGCCAGAGAUGAAAAAAGGGGCCUUGAAGCUGUUCAAAAGCUCAAGGAUUUUGGCAUCUCUGAUGACUUACUGGGUUUCCACCAGCUUGAUGUGGUAGAUCCUCACAGUGUUGCUUCCUUGGCUGAAUUUGUCAAAACCCAGUAUGGAAAACUCGAUAUUUUGGUGAACAAUGCUGGCAUUGGUGGAAUUGUAUAUAACCCUGAUAAUUUUCGAAGAGGCGUUGAGCUUUGUGGUGAUUGGGUAAAUACCAGAUGGAAAGGAAAUAAGUUGGAAUGAAAUGGCAAGUCAAAGUUUUGACUUAGCAGAACAAUGCCUUGAAACAAACUACUAUGGUGCCAAAAGAGUGGUGAAAGCACUUACUCCCAUUCUGCAGGCAUCUGAUUCUGCAACUGUGGUCAAUGUUUCUGCGGCAUUAGGGGUGUUGCAGAAUAUACCUAAUGAAUGGGCAAAAUGGUUAUUGAGCGACGCUGAAAACCACCUUUCUGAAGAGAGAGUUGAUGAAGUUGGGAAGCAGUUUCUGAUGGAUUUCAGGGAUGAUUUGCUAGAAACCAAAGGCUGGCCUCUUCAAGUCUCGGCCUAUAUUGUUGCUAAGGCUUGUAUCAAUGCCUACACAAGGAUCCUGGCAAAAACUCAUCCAAGCUUUCGAGUCAAUGCCAUAUCUCCUGGUUUUUGCAAGACUGACAUAACCAACAAUCUUGGUCCUUUAACUGCAGCUCAAGGAGCUGAAUAUGUUGUGAGGUUAGCACUGCUUCCUAAAGAUGGGCCUUCUGGCUGUUUCUUUAAUAUGACAAAAGAAUUGCCAUCUUUCUGAAUGAUUAGUUUAAGGUCAUGUCAUUGUGUUGUGAGCUGAUACCUUUAAAAAUUCCCCUCUGAACAUAGUGAUGUGUAUUGGGAACUAAUGGAUGAAUUUAAAUCAACUGUAUUUUUUAGUCAAUAUUUCUAGACAAGGUUGUGGCAUGCUGAUUAUAUUUCUUCAUAUAUUGUGUAUAGAUAGAUAUGCUAGUAUUUUACAAGAGUUUUUUUAUGAAAACCAAGAAGUCUGUACUACCUAUGCUGGGAAUGUGAUAUAUGGUGUUAGUAAGUUCAUUGUAUAGUAUAGUACGGAGUAUAUUUUUUGGUUAUGCUAUAAUAAUAUCAUG